GCGUCGACAGCCGAGAACACUGGAUUUACUGUUAAAGAGAAAUCAACGCCUGGCUGUUGUCGAGUUAGACAUGCCCAUCACAACCUGUCAGAAGGUUACUUUGAUAUCAUGCUCGGUGCUCUGCGUGUCUCUCUUCUUGCCCAGGAUGCUUUUACCGAGAGCCAAAAAGGAGAUGGGGCAGCCACAGGUUGGCCCUGGUUUCCGCCCGCCAGGGAUGCAUCCGGUGUCAUUGUCCGAUGACCCGCAGCAGUGGGAUGCAGAUCCGUUCCACUCCAUGACAUACAGCGCUGAGGCCACUGCCAAAGCCAGAAGCAUUGGACGUGGUAAAAAAUACAACUUGAUGGCUCAAGUCAUACCCAUAUAUGGAUUUGGAAUUCUUCUUUACAUCCUCUAUAUAAUCUACAAGUUAACCUGCAAGGACAAGAAUACUACAAAAUCAGGGCAGUACAGUACAACUAUGAGCAUGGAGAGGAAUACGGCAACUGACGAUGAGCUUGCCAGACUACAGGAGCGACUACUUCAGUCAGAAAGGAUCAUGGCGAGGAUUGUCUCAGGAAAUACUUGUGCUUCUGGGAGUGGAAGACGCAGGAAAAGUAAAUCGAUUCCAACAAAGAAGGAAGAGAAACUCCUCAGGCAGCUGAAGCAGAUCGCAAAUCUAAUGCAAGAGGGCCGCGUGGAGGGUGCCUCCCCAGAGAUGGAGGCAGAAGAAGUCCCUUACAGUCCAGACUGGGAAGGCUACCCAGAAGAGACCUACCCCGAGUACAAAGUACCCGAUUACAAAUGUGAAUUAGAGAGUGUGGCUUUGGAGGAGCCCAUCACCCAGCCCACUGCGGAGGCCUUAGCAGAGCGAAUGGAACAAGAGGAGGAAGAGGUUGGAGCGAGGAAACUAUCCACAGUACAAGAGGAGGAUGAAGACGAAGAGGAGGAAGGUGAGGAUGGGGAAGAUGUUGACGAAGAUCUGGAGGAGGAAGAAGAAGAGGAAGAGGAGGAGAUAGCAGAGGAGGAGGAGCAGGAGCAGGAAGAGGAGGAUGGGGAGGAGGAUGAGGAGGAGGAGGAGGAAGCAGAAGCUGAAAAACGACUUUUGCUGGUUCCACUUGCCUCCCAGGCAACUACGAAUACACAGCAUGAGAGAUUAGGUCUGCAAGUACACAAUGACCUACAAGGUCAAAAAGGAGGGAGGAAGCAUAUUAGUUUUAAUGACCACAGAAAUGUAUUUCACUACCCAAAAGAAGAUACCUAUGAAGAGGAGGUGGAGAAGGAAGAGGAGGAGGAGGAAGAAAAUGAGAAGGAUGAUGAUGUGGAUGAAGAUGAUGGUACAGAGGUGGAAGAGGAGGAGGAAGCUGAUGAGGAAGAUCCGGUGACAGAGGCAGAGAGACUUCAGUUUAGUUGUACAGAAUGUCCCAACACUGAGGAGGAGGCAGAGAAGGAAGAAACAGAAUAUUUGUCAAUGUUAGCUUUUGCAGAGAGUGACAGUAAUGUCCACAGAGACUUUCCCAAAGAGUUCAGUGGGCUGAGGAUGCGAAACAGGAGGGAGACGUAAAGGAUUUCCCUUCAAAUUAGUCUGAGCUCUUUGCUGUUAUUCAUUUGUAAACGGAUACAAAAGUAUGUAUUUUACUCUAUUGACCAAUUGAAAUUAAGAUUGAUUUUAUAAAUUGUUUGGUACUCAUUUAAGAAAAAAACAGAGGUUA